CAUAAAACAGAUCAACAAACUCUUGCUAUCGACAGUUAGCACACUGAGAGGAUUCCGAAGAAACGAUGAGCUUCCGUCUCUUAACCAAAGCAUGGCGACACCAAAGCCAAUCCAAAAAUCACACCGCCUUUUCUCACAUACUCCCUCGUUUUUUUUCUCGCAAAUCCCAACGGUCAUCAUUCGGCAUUGCUUUCGACAUUGACGGCGUCAUUCUCCUCGGGAACACUCCCGUCGGUGGCUCUCCGGCAGCAUUGAGAAAACUAUACGAUGCAGAAGGUAGAAUGAAAGUCCCGUACGUUUUCCUUACCAAUGGUGGUGGCAUUCCUGAAGCUAAAAGAGCCUCUCAGCUUAGUGAACUGUUGGGUUUAAGCGUCUCGCCUUCUCAGGUUUUGCAGGGCCAUUCACCAUUUAGACAAUUGGUCGAUAGAUUUGAGCAUAAACUCGUUGUUGCUGUGGGAAAAGGGGAACCAGCUUCGGUGAUGUCUGAAUAUGGUUUUAAAAAUGUUAUCUCAAUUGAUGAAUAUGCAUCGAGCUUUGAAAAUAUCGAUCCACUGGCACCAUACAAGAAAUGGACGACCAAGCUGGCUGCUACUCAGGAUCCAAAGUUUGAUGAGAGUAGUUCACGAAUCGAUGUCUUCUCUGAAAGGGUUCAAGCAGCAUUCAUAGUUAGUGAUCCUGUUGAUUGGAGCAGGGACAUACAGGUUCUCUGCGAUAUCUUGAAAACUGGAGGACUUCCUGGAAGAAAUGUUGGAACGCAACCACAAUUAUAUUUUGCAAAUGAUGACCUUGAAUACCAGACUAAAUUUCCUUCUGAACGUCUGGGCAUGGGAGCUUUUAGGAUUGCACUAGAAUCCAUCUUCAAUCGGAGUCAUCCUCAUUCCCUAGAGUACACGUGUUUCGGCAAACCACAUCCAUCUGUAUUCAAGAAUGCAGAAACUGUAUUACAGCAACAUGUGCCCCAAGUCUAUGAAGAUUUCAACGACAUAAACCAUAAAAACGCUCAACAUUUUCAAACACUUUACAUGAUUGGAGAUAAUCCAGCAGUGGACAUCAGAGGUGCACGACAGACUGGGCGUCCUUGGUUUUCUAUUCUCACGAGAACUGGUGUUUUCAAGGGGAAGGGAAAUCACGACGAAUUUCCAGCAGAUCUGGUUGUUGACACUGUGGAAGAAGCUGUGGACUACAUCCUAGCAAAGGAAUCCGCUUAGUUGGUUUGAUCUGCUUUACAUUGCAUUGCAAAGGCUCUGAUUCUUAGUAGAAAGGGUUAGUGAUUAAAAAAACUAUGUAAUAAUUUAUGGGGGCAUAAUCCUGCCAUAAUCCAUUCAUUUACGAACGUGUAAUUGUUUAUUUUCCCAUUCCCACAUGUUUUAUUUUUUUUCUUCUGAUGGAGAAAUUUAAGGUGGCAGCUUAAUUUAACUACACUUAAGUUAAGCUGUAA